AUGGACGUAAAGCUAAAGUGCAAGGACGCGGGGCACGCGCAGGCAAAAACCACGCUAGCGCGCCGCCACGUGACGGGUGCCUUCUGCAUCAAAGUCGUCAAUGUGGCAUGGCGUCGGUUGCCACAGGUGGUUGGGCUGGGAGAGCAGUAUAGCGGACAGGAUGAAGAGGAGAAGAUGCAUUUGCUGCCACACAUGAGCGCAGGGCAUCAGCAUGAGGAUUUGCCAAGCAUGCAAGAGGGAAAAGAUAUAUUCAAGGAGCCGAAAAUCGAGUCAACAUCGCCAUAUCCUAUCGGCGAGCUUAAGCUACCAGGCAGCAAUUAUACUAGGUGCUUGGUAGUCUCAAGAUUGCGAGUAGAGGACUCGAGCUGGAUCGAUGGCGAAUUAGGUGACAUGCUACACAGUGGUCUCUUAACGAAAGCAGAGUACGUCGUAGAUGACAGGUCGGCAUCUCUGCACCCCAUCAAGAACAAAGGGCACGAGGCGAACGUCUACCUUACAUAUAUCAUCGACUUCUACGACAAGCUGGACGACAUCAGCAUCUUCAUGCACUUCCACCGCUAUGCCUGGCACAACAACGCACUCAUGGAUACAGAUGCCGCCCAGAUGGUGCGGCAUCUCAGUCCCGAACGAGUAACAAGGGAUGGCUACAUGAAUCUUCGCUGUCAUUGGGAUCCUGGAUGUCCGGCUUGGUUGCACCCGGGUGCCCUCACGCGCAAUACGGAGAAGCUGGAGGAAACGCUGGUAGCAGACGCCUGGGCGGAGCUCUUCCCUCUCGACCCGAUCCCGGCUGUCCUUGCCCAGCCAUGCUGUGCUCAGUUCGCAGUCUCUCGCGACCGGAUUAGGAGUCUGCCUAAACAACGCUAUGUGAGCAUGCGCGACUGGAUCAUGCGGACAGAACUGUCAGACUACAUGUCCGGGCGUGUGUUCGAGUAUGUUUGGCAGUACAUCUUCACCGCAUCACCAAUCCACUGCCCCAGCAUGAGCGCCUGCUACUGUGACGGAUAUGGUUAUUGUUUUGGCUCGCAUAAAGCAUUCGAUAAGUGGUUCGAGCUUCGAUACUUGUCGAAUGAAUACAACGACGAACUACUGGUCUGGAAGGAGCAGGCGGCGUUGAUAGAAGCCGCACGCAACGCGGAUGGCACUUUUGACGAGGAUGCUAUGUUGGAUGUGCCGCAGAUAGGAAGGAAUGCUUGGCUGAAGAAUGAGAUUGCCAUGAUAGAUGAGCAGAUGCAUCAAUUGAAGACGGAAGCUUUUAAACGAGGACAGGAUCCCAGACUGCGAGCUUUGGACGUUGGGAGGGCAUGGGAGGAGGGCGAUGGAUUUUGA